CAACAAGAUUAGAGGACGUGAUUUGAUGGUUUUAAGAGACAGCAUUACCACAACACCAGCAACCGUUAGCAUGGUUGCUAAUUGAGUCGGGGCUCACAGCGGUGCUCUAAAGUGCGUCUUUGUUACUCGGCAUAUAUCAUCCUUGCAGUCAGGCUUUUAGCUUGGAGGGAAAACAUGAGAAAAUGGACGCCCGAUUCUCAGCCGGAGCUUGGUCGUAUACCAGCGUAAUCUGGUGGCCACGCUACGGUCGAGAAUCGGGUCGCCAUUCUUUCCAUUUUUUGCAGUGGCAAAAACUUGCCGUUGAACCAUCGUGCCGACGUUCGGAUUCUGAACCUGCAUCAUCAGGGUUGAAGAGCUCACAGCGCCACCCCUCGUCACUGACUGGGAGAACAAGACACAAUCGGACUCGGUGACUUAAUCGCACUAUUGAGUCACCUUACACAGUCCCUGUUGCUGCUGGUGCACCUCGUCCACCUCCAAAAUUAUGGGCAUGCAAGCGUCCCAACUGGGCCACCUGUGGGUUGGCAGUGAUAUCUUGCCAUGGCUCACACAUUCCUCCAGUUAUCAGUUGGAUUGGCCCCACAGCGACUCAGCGGUGCUGGAUCCUAUUGCUAGUUCACGGUUCCUUCACCAUAAGGGUGUGUUGUUCAAUCCUGGGACAUAGGGGGAGUCGCCUUCACUGUACGUGGGUGGUGCGUACGCUGUGUUUUUAUAUUUCGUCAUAAAUAGUCUUAAGUCACGUGCUGUUGGGAGUGACAGUUGAAACAGGGAGUCAGUGGACAUGGAGAGACCAGUGUGCUGCUCUGAGGUCUGAAGAAAGGUGGCGCGACACGAUGGGAAAGGACUAUCCUUUCAGUCGGGUCCCUUUAAGAGCCCCAUAUCCUUUUUUGAGAAUGAGCCCAGACGAGUGUGUAUGUGUGUUGAUUGUGGCCUCUCGGUCGGUCACUCGGGGGGGAAACUGCAGCAGGGGCUGGUUGGAACCUCCCCAGCCCCCGUUUAGACCAAAUGGCAGCCUCGCCUCGCCGCAUGCCCUUAUCUACCAAUGGAAUGCAACAGCUGUGUGGGGAGAGCACACGGUGGGCUGGCUGAAACCCCCCUGCCGGACCCCCGCAACACAGCCCCCCACCCCUUUAAGCAGGGCUCCUGAAAGGCAGCUCAACUAAAAGUGAGCGAGAGACGCUGCAAGAAUCUAGAGGGCUGCAAAACAGUGGGAGAGGGAGGGAAGAGAGAGAGAGAGAGAGAGAGAAGGAGAGUCAGGGACAGGCAGUGCUGAAGAGGAGAGCACAAAGAGAAGGAAAGUGGAGCAGGGGAGGGGAACCGGAGGCUGGGAGAAGGGAGAGGGAAAGACAAAAGAAGGAGAAGGGAGACAUCGCAGGGUGAACGGAGGGGACUGAGCAAAUGGCUACGGAGGAGACGGCGGGGGGAGCCAGGAAAGCCACCAAGAGCAAACUGUUUGAGUUCCUGGUCCAUGGAGUGCGUCCCGGUAUGCCAUCUGGAGCGAGGAUGCCUCACCAGGGAGCCCCCAUGGGCCCGCCCGGACCCCCGUACGGCGGGAGCCCGGCGGUGCGACCGGGCCUGCCGCCCCAGGUGAUGGAGCCCAGCCGCAAGAGGCCCGCCCCCUCCCAGCAGGUCCAGCAGCAGCAGCAGCAGCAGCAGCAACAGCAGCAGCAGCAGCAGCAGGCCGUCCAGAACCGGGCCAGGAAGAAGCCGGUGGGAUUCCCCGGAGCCAGUGAGAUGCCGGCGCGGCAGAUGGACAUGAGAGAGCCCCAAUCAGAUCCCACGCUCGGAUCCAACGCUAAGAGAAGGAAAAUGGCAGACAAGAUUCUUCCGCAAAGGAUUCGGGAGCUGGUUCCCGAGUCCCAGGCCUACAUGGACCUGCUGGCGUUUGAGCGCAAACUGGACCAGACCAUCAUGCGUAAGCGUGUGGACAUUCAGGAGGCGCUGAAGAGACCCAUGAAGCAAAAGCGUAAACUGAGACUUUACAUCUCCAACACCUUCAACCCGGCCCGACCCGAUGCCGACGACUCGGACGGCAGCAUUGCAUCGUGGGAGCUGCGAGUGGAAGGAAAGCUGCUGGACGACCCAGGAAAACAGAAGAAGAAAUUCUCCUCGUUCUUUAAGAGCCUCGUCAUCGAGCUGGACAAGGACCUGUAUGGUCCGGACAACCACCUGGUCGAGUGGCAUCGCACAGCCACCACCCAGGAGACGGACGGCUUCCAGGUGAAGAGACCGGGAGACGUGAGCGUGCGCUGCACUCUGCUGCUGAUGCUGGACUAUCAGCCCCCUCAGUUCAAGCUGGACCCCCGCCUGGCGCGCCUGCUUGGUAUUCACACCCAGACCCGCUCCUGCAUCAUCCAGGCGCUCUGGCAGUACGUCAAGACCAACAAGCUGCAGGACUCUCACGACAAGGAGUACAUCAACUGUGACAAGUACUUCCAGCAGAUCUUCGACUGCCCCCGCCUGAAGUUCUCUGAAAUUCCUCAGCGUCUCACCAACCUUCUCCUCCCGCCCGACCCCAUCGUCAUCAACCAUGUGAUCAGCGUGGACCCCAACGACCAGAAGAAGACGGCGUGCUACGACAUCGACGUGGAGGUCGAAGACCCCCUGAAGAGCCAGAUGAGCAGCUUCCUGCUCUCCACCGCCAACCAGCAGGAAAUCGCCACGCUCGACAACAAGAUCCAUGAGACUAUCGAGUCCAUCAACCAGCUGAAGAUCCAGAGAGACUUCAUGCUCAGUUUCUCCAGGGAUCCCAAAGGCUACAUCCAGGACUGGCUCAAGUCCCAAAGCCGAGAUCUGAAGUUGAUGACCGAUGUGGUGGGGAACCCUGAGGAGGAGCGCCGCGCAGCCUUCUACCACGAGCCCUGGUCCCAGGAGGCCGUCAGCCGCUAUUUCUACUGCAAGAUCCAGCAGCGCAGGCAGGAGCUGGAGCAGGCCCUCGCUGUCCGCAACACCUAAGAACUGCCCCCUGAAGAUAGCAGAGCUGCUCUGGUGAAUGUCGGCGUAGCCUUGCUGUCGAGUGAAAAUCCCGUGCUUCACAGAAACCGUUACAGCAGCUUUACUUAUAUUUGGAUCGAAAAGAAAGUGUCAAAUGAAAUAUUAUUUUUACUAUCAAGAACCGAAUAUAAACCCUUGACCCCAAAUUCCAUCCUCUCUAAAAACACAAUGAAAAACCAAAUCUGAAGGGAAAAAGGCUGCUAUUUUAGGUUUGGUGUCAAACUGGGACCAAAUCCCAGCUGGUGUGAAAGGGUGGAGGACACCCUGGAAAGGAAGCCACUUCUUGGAGGGGCACAAAAAGCAACACAAAGGAUGCUCAUUACGAAUAUAACAAUAUGAAGAUGUGAUUUAAAACUACUACUAACAACUAGCAAACAAUCGUAGGUUUUAUUUGACAAUCUGAAAUGAAAUUUGUAGUCAGAGUUUCUUAAAACUGGAAAGUGUACGAUUUAAGAUGAACUAUUUCUUGAAGUCACGAUAAAUAAUGCUCACUUUCACACUUUGUACAGGAACAAAAACCUAUCCAGCUGUGUUUGACGCUCAUCUACGGAGUGCACUGACAGAACUAACCUCGAACAGAGGUUCCUUCACUUGACACACUGUAAUCUGAUUGAGCAUCCAGCUUUUGACUCGACAGCAACAGCACGACGGAGCGUCACUCAUCCGUGCUGGACUCGGGUCUGGUGGCGGACCUGCUGACCGCCCUUCACUGUAAAUAUAUCACAGCGACUGGUCACACUCCACUGAUUGUCACGAAGGACUUCUUUAUUAUCGUGUUUGUGGUGUUCCGUUUUGUUUUUUUGUUUUUUUUUACUGGAAGGAUUUCAUUGGUUUGUUGUGAGCGAUGAUUAACACCAGCAGUUUCGACCCCACGCGUCACUGACGGUGUCUUUGUUUCCAAGUAUGACAGUAUUACGGCGUUAUCGAUCGCGGUUGAAGAAAGACUUCCAUUCGUCAUGCUGGAGGGUUUUUACCAAAGUUUUGGAACUUGAACAUGAGGCAGGACUGAAACUGCCAAAAUGUCACUUUAGUGCUUUUUGUAGAUUUCUACGCCGUUCUCCGUUGAGUGAAGCUAAAGCUCUGACCUUAGCGUCAACAUUCGAGCCCCGGCAAUUCUUCUUUUCUACUUUGUUUUUUUUUUACUUUAAAUUAAGAAGAAGCUUGUUUUCUAGAGAUGUGAAUGUAAAUAUAUUCUGACCCCGAAGAGGGAAACUGUAUAGUGUUUGUUUUUGGGGCGGGACUUCAGUUUUACGACAUGAAUUAGCGUUGGCUGUCUUCUCUGCAUCACCUUAUUUUUGGUCAGGUUAUCAAGGGAGCGUGGUGACGCCUCAAAGAAACUCUCUUUUCUUACAAUCCAAGUAGCUGCGUCGCAUAGUACUGAGCACCGAUCUCACUUUCUCAAUCUGUGUCGUAGACGGAGGUGUGUUUGCACUGUGCUGCUGAGUCUUCUUUUCAUUCUCACUGAGGGACAGCAGGCGGCUCAGAGGACUUCAUGAUGACCUAUGCAUGCUCCAUGGACUCUAAACAGUGCGUGUAAAUAUCAACCGCUGAUAAAAAAAAACAUGCCUUUUCAAAGUCUUUUUGCCAAAAAUGACAUGAACCUACCAGCAACUAACUGUAGGUGUGAGCUUUUUUCUGUCUGUAGAGAUCAUUCUUGUCACGUGCGCGUCUGACGGUUGUACGGCGGCGAGUUUUUUGAAGACGCUUCCAGGGAAAUGUUUGCUAAGCCAACUUCUUUCCGAACUUCACUACUGGGCAGAUGUUUGUUGUGCGAUAUGUCAAUGUUUUAGAAAGGAACUCUGGAGAGAUGAAUCAUAGAUACCAGUUCUAGCAGUGACGUUUUCACACCUGCCCCGACCUGGUUCUGCAGGUGCAGGACGGAGUACUCACUCACAUCAGAGCCACCUGAUUGGCCGGAUCUGGAGACCAUAACAAUGUCAAAUUGCUUCUGUCUUUGUUCUCCUGACCGUCUUUCCCUCCUUCUCUGUAUACGGCUCCGAUAGUGCCUUUGGUGCUUCAUUGAAAGUCACAGAACAAAGACAAGGGUUUCAUCAACACCCAUGGUUCUAGACAGUAUACGGCGCGUGCAAAUCCCCUGCCUCAAACCCUCCCACUUUGACGUCAAGCUUGUUGUUUCCUCCACUGCCUAGUGUAGGAUGCCUGUGUGCAAGCACCCAUCGUCAUAGCAACUUCCUGUUCCUCUGAGUUGGGUUAGUAGUAUCAGCCAGCAGUAGUUCUCAUCUAUUCGCCAUAUAUUUUCUUCAUCAAUCCCGAUUACCGUCCCUCCAAUCCACAGGGUGGCGACGUAGCACAUUAGAACGAACCACUUCACCUUCUGUCUUCACGUUGUUGCUACAUACUUGUGCAACUACAGCAUUUUCCAGUUCCUCCACCUCCCAUUGUGGUGAGAAGAGUUCGAGGAAGUCGUACUGAGGCAGAAUGACUCUUUAUACAAUUGUUUACAGCUCGCAACCACAGGGAGGCACUUGCCAAACUGACUUGCUGGAUAACUGAUCCUUCUCUCUCCUCCGCCUUCUCAACACACCCUUUCACUUUACGGAGCUGUGCGUUCUGACUCAAUCAUGAGGUCACAUUAGCUCUUCGUUUCCACGUAACCCCCCUGAAGACUCUUAAAACACUUGAGUCUGGAUGCCUGUGGAAUGGAAAGUGACCACAGCGACUUCCUUGUCUCCCCUUAUGAGGCGUCUUUGCUGCUUUCAGGAGGUGCGGCGUUUGUGCUGCCGAGUUUGUUUCUUUCCAAACUUAACUCCAGUGCUGAAGCCAGAAGACAAACACAGCACGGUCAGAUGCUUUGAGGCACCCACAGCUAAGGGUUCAGGCGUAGAGCAGUGGUUGGCUCUUCACUUCCCAUCAUCGCUCAGAGGUGCUCUUGGUGACACACUUUCACAAGCUGCCCCACACUAGAUUAGCCCCUCAACGCAUGUUCUUCUAUCCAAAGCUUGUUCAUCAUUGUGCAUCCCAAGCCCCAGCCACCAAACAAAGCAGAGACAGGAAACUAAUAGACACCGAUGCUCAACUUUCCGGCGACUGCUUUCAGUGCUUCCACUCAAACUGGUCGUCUCGUUUCUUGGGUAAAAAGUGAAGUGUCUUCAACUAACUCCAGUUUUUUUUUCUGUCAGUAUUUUAGAGUUCUAUUAACCGACACAUUCUCGUGUAGUCCUGCGUCUGUGUGUUUCUUGUACAGUUUAAAGGGCAUUCACAUUCUGUUUCAGUAGCUCCCUCUUGUGGAGGUCACGAGAAGCUACGACUCCUGGGAGAUACUGAACGUGGAUCAGUCGAUUCUUUCUACUAGACUCCGGUGUCUGGCCUCGCAUGUCUCAGUCAAGUGGGAUCUUCUCCUCAACACUGAAUAUGUAAAAAGACAAGGGAAAACCGCUGUGACGUCGAGACAGUCUGGAUGUAAAUAAAGAAGCGCUUGCCAAAGUUUGUAAAUGCCAACUUUUGUGAGAGUCUUAUUUCUG